CGUUGUGUGCUGCCGGCAGUUGGCCUUUGCUAAGCUGGCAACACUUUGCGCUUAAGUUCGUUCUUAGUGCUACUUGAACGUUUGGUGCGGCCGUGUGCUUGUGUUGUGCGCGGUAGCGUACGUAGGCACGAUCGAUUAACUUUCGAUUUUGAAAUUAAACUUCGACUCCCGCUUUUCGGCUGCGUACCUUGGUGCGCUUGCGUUAGCUUUAAUGGUUCAUGGAGGCAGCCAAUCGGGUGUUUCCGGGCUCUGAGUCUCUUUUUUAUGGUGUUUUGCUGAGCAUGGAAUAAGUGUCGCUUGUUUCACUACUUGGCACGAGAUUUCACUUCAAUUACUCGUAUAGUGAAGCGUCCAUAGAAGAGCGAAUGAUAUUUGACGAGAGAUCGGGCAGAUGAAACUCGCCGGGAAUCCGGAGGACGAUAUGGGCCGAGGACGAGCAAGCCACACCAAGACGACGAUGGCUAUGGCGAGGAUAACGUCCGACCCACACGCACAAGCCAUGUAAUAACAAGGCGAUGAAAGCGCAUGAAUGCGGGAGAACGACAGCGUUGCUUAAAGAGGACUGGAAAGCUCGAGGGGAGGGGCAAUUUCGCAGCCCCUCUGUCCCUAUCUCUCCACCGGCACAUCCCGACGACACAAAUAUCGUUUCGCGAUGGUGAGCCACGAGGAGCUGGAACUGUAUUUUUACGUCUCUUGCGGCGUGACGGCCAUCUGCAUGAUUCUUCUGCUAAUCCUCAUCAUCAUCCUCUUCGUCAAAGUGAAUCGCCUUACAACGGACGACUCAAAUCAAUUAGGAAGGCAGGCAAAUAUGAUGGCUGAAUUCUGCUAUACGAAUCCAACGAUAGUACCGGGUGAAGAACUUUCACGUCGAGGAUUUUCCAUGUACAGCGGAUCUGACAAUUUUAUUGACGACUAUGGAAUUCGAAGCAAUAAGUAUGCUGGACCGCAUCAUGAAACUCGAUCCAAGUUUUGAACAAUUGUACAAAUACGAAGAACAAAAAGCGGAAACUUAUGAAUUAAUCAUUAGUAUUCGGUUGGGAGCGUCCGACGGUUAUUCGGUCAUAUAAAAAUUAUAUUUUGUUUUAGAAUUCUUAUGAGUUUCAUGUAACAAUAAAUUAUAUUCCA